AUGAAAAUAAUAGACAAAUCUUUUAAUUUUUCUAAGGUUUAUGAAUUCAACGUAGAAAUGGCUUGUGAUGGUUGUUCGGGUGCAGUUAAACGUGUCUUGGGAAGAUUAUCAGGUACUCAGGUCUCUUCUAUCGAUAUUGACAUGGAAAAGCAAAAAGUUUACGUAACAACUACCUUACCUUCAGAAAAUAUUUUGGCCAAAAUAAUAAAGACUGGAAAAGCUUGUUCUUUCGUUGGAGAAAGAAGUUAA